AUGAAGACUGUUCUGUCCCUCGCAGCAUUCUUGCUGCUCAACCCUGGUGUUGAUGCAUUUUGGCGUAUGCAAUGUGGUUCCCCAUUGGUCACCGACAUGAUUGACCCACUUGUCCAGCCAGGUAUUUCGCCAGCUAAACACGUCCAUAACAUCAUGGGUGGAGAUGCUUUUGACAAGACCACCAGCUGGGCGCGUCUUCAAGAAUCCACCUGUACAUCUUGUGAGGUUAAGGGAGACAAGUCUAUCUAUUGGGUCCCCACGCUUUACUUCCAGAAGGCAGGUGGUGAACUUGUUCAAGUAAGACAGAAGGAUGGUAUGCUCGUCUACUACAUCCCAGAGCGUGGAGGUGACGCUGUUGAGACCUACCCAAAGAACUUCGGUAUGAUGGCUGGAGAUCCUAAGCUCCGUUCUUUCGACGAAUCAAACGAACCCGGUUCCGAAGCCUACAUGAGACAGAUGGCUAUUGGGUUCAAUUGCUUGAACUACGGUGGCACCCCUGAGGCUUUUGCUGCUCGCCGUGAGAUGCCAACCAAGCAGGAGAUGAAGAACUGUGUAAACGGUCUCCGUGCUGAUAUCACUUUCCCUUCAUGCUGGAACGGUGAACUCGAUUCUGAGGAUCACCGCAGUCACAUGGCCUACCCUUCCUUCAUGGAAGAUGGUACCUGCCCGGAUUCCCACCCUCGCCGUCUCAUUACAAUGAAGUUCGAGACACUUUUCGACGUUGCCGAGUUCAGCGAUGUUGAUGGUGAAUUCGUUUGGGCCACGGGCGACAAAGGAGGAUAUGGCUACCAUGGUGAUUUCUACAACGGGUGGGAUCCUGAACUCCUUGAGGCAGCUUACAAAGACCCAACCUGCGUCCCACCAGUCAUCACUUCCACUGGUGGAGAUAUUACACAAUGCAACACUUUUACAUCUCGCAAUGAACUCCAAGGCCCCAAUGAGAUGAAUGCUUGCAAGAUCAAGCCCAUCACGGGCAAAGAGUACGAGGGUCCAUUCGAGAGUUUGCCUGGUUGCAACCCAGUCGGGGGUGCUCCUGGUGACUGUGGAAAGGCUGUCGUUGUUGAAAACGCCGUUGCUGCACCAUCCUCAUCUGCCAUCCAGGUCGUCGCACACGCUGUCCAGAAAACAUCAUCGACCACAUCUUCAACGACGCCUACGCCUACUCCCACUCCCACCACAAUCUCCACAACUACGAGAAAGAAGGAAACGAGCAAAAAGGUUGAAGUUGCUUCUGUUCCGGUCCCUAAGCCUGUGGUAACCGCCAAUCCAGUCCUCGAUGUCGGUAGCGUACCGGAAAAGAAGAUCAAGGAGGUCAUAGUUACAGUUGUUGAGACUGUGUACCAGACCGUUUACAACCAGGCGGUUGAAACAGCCACUGAAUAUGUUCCCCACCAUGCUCGUCACCGUCGAUUCUUCCGUCGUGGCGCACGACACUUUUAA